CUCUGCAGGCAUGUACGGCAAAGGCAAGAGCAACAGCAGCGUCCCGUCCGACAGCCAGGCCAGGGAGAAGUUAGCACUGUAUGUAUAUGAAUAUCUGCUCCAUGUAGGAGCACAGAAAUCUGCCCAGACAUUUUUAUCAGAGAUAAGAUGGGAAAAAAACAUCACAUUGGGGGAGCCCCCAGGAUUCUUGCACUCUUGGUGGUGUGUAUUUUGGGAUCUCUACUGUGCAGCUCCAGAAAGACGAGAAACAUGUGAACAUUCAAGUGAAGCUAAAGCCUUUCAUGAUUAUCCUUUUAUGUCCCCUCGAUACCCUGGAGGUCCAAGGCCACCUUUAAGAAUACCCAAUCAGGCACUUGGAGGUGUCCCGGGAAGUCAGCCAUUAUUGCCCAGUGGGAUGGAUCCAACACGACAACAAGGGCAUCCAAACAUGGGUGGGCCAAUGCAGAGAAUGACUCCUCCAAGAGGAAUGGUUCCAUUAGGACCACAGAACUAUGGAGGUGCAAUGAGACCGCCACUGAAUGCUUUAGGUGGCCCUGGAAUGGCUGGAAUGAACAUGGGUCCAGGAGGUGGUAGACCGUGGCCAAACCCAACGAAUGCCAAUUCUAUACCGUACUCUUCAGCAUCUCCUGGGAAUUAUGUAGGUCCUCCAGGGGGUGGAGGGCCACCAGGAACACCCAUCAUGCCUAGUCCUGCAGAUUCAACUAACUCUGGAGACAACAUGUACACUUUAAUGAAUGCAGUACCACCUGGACCCAACAGAUCUAAUUUUCCAAUGGGCCCAGGGUCAGAUGGACCUAUGGGUGGAUUGGGUGGAAUGGAAUCACAUCAUAUGAAUGGAUCUUUAGGCUCAGGAGACAUGGACAGUAUUUCCAAAAACUCUCCCAGUAAUAUGAGCAUGAGUAAUCAGCCUGGCACUCCCAGAGAUGAUGGUGAAAUGGGUGGAAAUUUCCUAAACCCUUUUCAGAGUGAGAGUUACUCCCCCAGCAUGACAAUGAGUGUGUGAUCCAUACUAAGUCUCCUCAUGAAGACCGCAGUGAGUUGGCCCUCUUCAGAGAGCUACUACAGAAGAAAAUUACAAGUCCCAGUGUACAGUUUAACAAAAGGAUCUCAGACACAACCAGACCCACCAUCUUUUCCUACCAUCUCCCCAGUUUUGUGAAGAAAGUGGGUCCAAACAUGAUUCAAACAACUGUAAAGAGUGGCAUAACAGAACUGCCCAAGAGUGAACUGCAAACAAUUAUCUGUGUAUGUAUAAGUGCGGAUAGAUGUAUAUGUGUGUGGAUAUGUUAUAUUGACAUACAUACACACACAUAUACAUAUAUAGACCUGCAGGACAUUGUAAAAUAUUAUCACAUGACAUCUUAAGUAGAAAUAAGAAAUAGAGACUUUUAUUCCAUCUUUUUUUCACGUUUACAUUUUAACUAUUAAAAUUUGCGUUCCCUCUCCCCCCCGAACUGUUCUGUGCUGCGUAUAUCACUGCUUUAUAAGUUAUUUUUUAAGGUGAACCCAAAUGGUCAAUUGUUCUGAUUUUGUAAAUGUCUGCCAUCAUGGAUAGGAAUAAAAUUGCUCAUAAGAGGGCUUUCAUAAACUUGUAUUUCAUACCAGUUACCCUGUGAAUCUCAAACUGUACUCUCUCAAGAAAUAGAAGAAAGCUCAUCUUAAUUUUGUGGGGAAAUUUAAUAAUUUGUCACCUGGCUUUGGUGGUGGUUGGGUUUUUUUGUGUUUUUGUUUUGUUUUGUUUUUGUGCUUAGUACCUUUAAAAAUAGGAGCACUGAAGGUUAUUUUUCUUCCUCAAAUGAGGCCUAAUAUCUGCAAAAUCUACUUUAAAUGGAAGUCUGAGUUUGAUACAAGAUUCUCAGUUUAUUCAGAGUAUUUUAAAGUUGCUGUAAGUGAGCUCCAAUUGCUAUAGAACCUAGCUAUAACGUGGCAGGGCUUCUUCAGUCCUUGGAAAUAAGUUUUUUCCCUUUAGCCUGAUCUUCCAUGUGCGUGGUGGCAAGUAGAAAUACAAUACAAUCCCUAUUACUGAAACCUCUUUUUCUAACAAACUACCAGCUUGUCUCCCUUUUCUAUUGAUUCUUGGCUGCCUCCCAAUUAUCCAUAGUCCUGAUUAUCAGAACAUAUUUAGGGUCUGCCGAGCGAUUCAGAUAAUCAGGACUGUACUUGAUUAGUUAUUUUUCACCAGGAAUACUAGAGCUGAACUCCUUAGAAACUUUCCAGUACAUAAUCACAUUAGUGAACCAAAAUGACUGAGCAUUUUGUGGGUACUUCCCAUGCAAGGAAUGUUGGAAGGCUCAUGCCCUUAUACCAGAAACAGAAUAGGAACAGAGGUCUGAGCCUUUUUAUAAGGAAAUCAGUAUACUGUAUUUCCAAACUUUGGAGAUUGGGGUGGAAAAAGGGAGAGUGAUUAUACAGCUUCCUGUACAGUCAAAGAAAAGGGGGGUAAAGCUCUAAUGUAAAGCUCUAAAAUCUAACAUUAUAUUACAUUUAAUUCCUAAUGACUCCCAUCUUCCCCAAGAAAAUGAAAGGUUGUACCUGCGUGGUAUGAAAAAGGGUGAUGUUCAGUACCUCAGGCACAAAGUGUCUGAAUUAAAUUCAUUCUGCAGAUACCAAGCAAUGUUCACCCCUCAAAAUUCACACCUCAGUGGGACAUCCCCAAAAUAUGGUGCUCACCUGCAGAUUUGUGAGGAGAAUUUUGCCCUUAAAUUGUGAUAAAGGGUUGCAUGUUAUGGGGUCAGUGUGCAGGUAGACGCACAUCACUGCAUGUGUCAGGAGUAGAUCAAAUUCCCUAUGAGCAUAUAAAUGAAUAAAAUUAGAAUGUCUUUUACCCCACUGUUGGAACUACAUAAAGAUUAAUCGCUUCUUAGGCACCAGGCUGUUACUUGAAAUUGUAUUCAAAUUUUUAAAAAAUUAUGAAAAGUUUACCUUUAGUUAAAAAUAAU